UGAUGUGGCACCUUCGCAAUGCACGCUACAGUCGCGUUGAAGAUCUCGGUCCCCCCACUUUCCCCGCCAUCUCCUUGUCCCCUCGUCUCCCUGUCUUCUUGUUCCACUGCCUGCCCCCCUCCCAGUGCUCUGUGGGCCCUGUCCUGCCCCCCACUCUAUGUCUCUGCAGGAGGCGGACGCGUGCCUACGGGAGAGGCGGCUUGGCCGUGCGGAGGAGCUCUACUCGGGGCUGCUGGCCCGGCGCGAUCGCCUCUGCAACGAAGAUUGUGCCGUCGCCUUUAACAACCGAGGGCAGAUCAAGUACCUGCGCGUGGACUUUUAUGAAGCAAUGGAAGACUACACACAGGCCAUUGAGUGCAACAAGGACUUCCCCAUUCCUUACUACAACAGGGGCCUUGUUCUCUACAGGCUAGGGUUUUUUGAUGACGCAAUCAAGGACUUUCACAAGGCUGUUGAACUCAAUCCAGCAUUUGAAGAUGCUCGAGCAAGUCUCAAACAAGCUGCCCGGGACAAAGAAGCAAAGCAAGCCAGAGGUUACUGAUACUACGAAUUUGAAAAUGUAGAGUAAAUGUAAUAUUUUCUUACAUUUUUCAUUAAACUGUCACCGUUUGUUGAUUACAGUAGUAAUUGUAUAUGGGCAAAUCAAGUUAUGAACGUGUAUUUCAUAACCAUUUUUAUAAGAAUUGUCAAUUCUUAUAUAUUAAUGGCACAUUAAGGGGCAUAUUAAUGUACACGUUUAUCCAUAAUUAUUUGUAUUUAAGCAAAAUAUAUAAUUUAAUACAUUCACAAGGAGCUUUCAUGUAAUUAAGCAUAGUACUUUCACAGCAUGUUAUAUUUGCAAAAUAAAUUAUUUAUUCAA